CUUUCAAGAGUUGAUGAAGACAAAGAAAAGUUGGAGCAAGAGAUAUUGUCUGAGUCGAGCGAAGACAGGGAUACGCCGAAAAGUGUGUCGGAAAUUGAGAUGGAUUCGCCCAGAGAUUCUAAUGAUUCAAAAUUAGACAUUGAUGCGUUAAAUGAUGACAUAUUGAAUAACACUAACGCGGAAAGUCAAAAUAUUGAUUCAAAGAAUACAUAUCAUGCUACGCCUAUUGUUGCUACAUCUGAGAAAGAUAUAGAAGUCAUGAUAGACAAAUUAAAAGCAUCGUUGGAACAACCUGGUUUGGAAGUCGCAGAAUUGGAAGCGAAACUGCUUCGUAUUGAACAACUUCAAAUCGAACUAGAGAUUAAAAAAUUGGAAGCAGAAGAAGUAUCUUAUUAUGUUAGAGAAAUACCUAAUAAACCCCCACCCCCCUACACACCACCCGGCGGUGGUGGACGAAUUUCAGUGUCACUUGGGUCACCAUCACCUCCACCAGCUGUGAUUCCCUCAAACAUAGAAGAAUUAACAGCAUUCACGGAGAAAGCCACGACACUCAUAUUCAGAGCUAGGGAGGCUGGAGAAGAUAUCAUGAAUUUAGAAGCUCCUCCUGAGAUCUGCGAGUUAACCAAAGAGAACGAUGAGAGUGUAAAGAAGGAUAGAAGAAUUUACAAUACAUUCCUCUUCGAUCUGUGUAAAGAAACGAUCGCUGAGGUUUAUCAAGCCGAGUAUGAAAAACCAGGACCAAGUUGGACGAAACCAAAUGUAAAAACAAAACCUACGAUGAAACUCCCGAAAACUGUAGAAGAACUUAACGAAUAUGUUAACAAGGAGGUAGCUACGUUGUUCGGUUUCAAAACGAAACUACAACGGGAAAAUAUGGUAAUGCGUUGGAGUAGAAAACGAAGAGACAGAGUUGACGAAUUACUGGCUAGGGAGGCUCAAGCUGAAGAGGACGAAUGGACCAAAUUUCAUCACGAUGAACUUGCUGUAAAAAAUGGUCUUACUGUAGCUAUAUUGGAUACCCUACUAAUGGAAACUGUGAAUGUAGUUAAAGUGGCAUAUGCGAAGAAAAGAAAAGUAAUGGUUUAGUUUUAUUACAAAGCUAUCGUGAUUGAGUUACCGUUACAUGAAUUUCGUCAAAACACAAUUAUUUGUCAUGAAAAACGAUAGGUAUUAGGACCUUGAUAAUUGUAGAGAAGGGGGUUUAAACAUUCCUAGAAGUAUUGAAAUUCGUACCUAUACUUUUAUUUCUUUUGGAUCUGUUUUUGUCUCAAACGAAAGACAGUACUUGUUGCUAAGUGGUCACACCUUUUGUUUACUAAUACAAUAUAGCAACGAAGUUCGCAUAGAAGUAUCAAGGUUCUACUAUAUAUUAUUUCGAAAUUUUGUAAAUUGGCCUCAAUUGCCAUAUUUUUAAUGAAUUACCAAGUAAUUCAUUUUUAUCUAUUUGUGCCCUGUAUAUGA